AUGUCCUCCCCUCCCAACCGCAGCCGAGGUGACGGACCUUCCACAGCUUCCCCUAACCCGAGUCCGUCCCCCUUCGAAGCCGAAAAUGCAACCUCACAACAACACCACUCGGCAUCCUUCCCGGCGCUACCCCCGGGCUUCAACCCGGGAAUCCUCCCCGCCAUUCCCGUCGACACGGUGUUUCCCCCAGACAAAGCCCCCACCAGUAAUGCCGCAACCGGUGCUUCGGCUGCAGGUGUCCGCGCUCUGACAUCCCAGGCCGUGGCCUUUUACUUCCGCGCCCCGGUCAAAGCCUUCUUCCGCACGCGGGUGGACUACCUCGCCUAUGCCCGCGCGAUCCAGGAGCAGGAACACGCCGCCCAGCUGUUGAGUCGCCAGGGGUCCUCUUCUGCAUUAUCUCUCGCAUCGGCCGCUGCUUCAUCUUCCACGCCCACCUCCGUAUCAUCAUCAACCCCAACAUCAACCUCCACAACCUGGCUCCGCGCCCGCCUCCGCUCCACCACCCCCGCCGUCCUGGCCUCCGCCGUCCGCCACUACGGCUGGCGCGUCGUCCCCGACCAGAUUCUGCCCCCCCUCGUCGCCAACGUCGGCGUAGGCGCAGUACUGUACACCAGCUAUCUCCAAAUCCUCGCCCGCUUACACCCCGACAGCGGCCGAGCCACGCGUCGCGUGUACCCCCCGCCGGGCCCCGCGGAUACCUUUGCGGCUGGGUUUUUGGCCGGUGCUGUGCAGAGUGUGGUGGCGGCGCCGUUGGAUGCGGUGCAGGCGCGCUGGGAUGGGGUUACGAGUGGUCGGGUGGUGAAUGGGAAUGGGGGGGCAACAGGGGCGGUGGAAAGGCCGAGGAGUAUGUGGGCGUUUAGUGCGGCUAAGUUGCGGGAGAUAGGGGUGCGGGGGGUGUUUUCCGGGUGGGGAUUGUCGUUUCUCAAAGAUAGCAUGGGUAGCGGGAUUUUCUUUAGUGUGUUUGAGUAUGUGAAAGCGCAGGGGUACUACAACUUUGUGCGGUGGUACUACGGCUCGCUGAACGAAGACACCAUUGUGCUGCUCUCUCGCAAGCGGCCGGCCGAACAAUCGACCCUUAAACACAGAUUCGAAGAAGCCGCCCCGCACAUGCCCACCAUAAUCCGCCCACACUACGCCAUCGAACCGGCCUUCCUCCUCCUCGCCGGCAUGAGCGCCUCCCUCGCCCAACAAACCAUCCUCCACCCGCUCUCCCACGUCCAAUCCGAGCACUGGGAACGCCUCGAAAGCCUCGACGCCCACGCCCGCAAACUCCGCUCCGUCGGCUUCUUCUCCUCCCCAUCCAACCCACGACAUCAAGGGCAAAAGCAACAACACACCUGGCACAUGUUCCGCGCCUACCGCGACGCGUACCGCACGACCUGGGCCGCGUGUCGCGCCGAGGCUAAGGCAGGAGGUCAGACGAUGAGGCAGUGGCUGUACCGCGGGUUCUGGUGGAAUACGAUUAGGCAGGUGCCGAGCACGAGUGCGGGGUUAAUUAUUUUUGAGUUGGUGAGACGGAAGUAUGGGUUUGGGGGGGAACAGGUGCGGAUUAAUAGGGAUGGGUAUGAUAUUUUGUUGAAUUAG